GCAAAGUGGAAAUUUGAAUCAGCAUGGCGGAUUACAAUGCGAUCGUCGUGGGCAGCACUGGGUCCGUGGGCCGGGAAUUGAUCAAGCUGCUGGCAAGCUCCACCCGAUGCAAAAAGGUCGUGGCAAUCGCUCGGCGGCCCAUCGAUCCCUCGACAUAUGCGACGGCUUUCCCAGGACUUCCCGAGACGCACGCUGCCAAGGUGCUCGUCCAUGUUGUCGACUUUGAUCAAUUGAAAAUCGAAGACUUUGCUGCGCAUGAGGCAGAUGCUUGUUUUUGUUGCUUGGGUACAACUCGAGCGGACGCAGGGUCCGCUGAUGCGUUUAUCAAAGUGGACUUGCAUUACGUGACCAAGGCGGCCGAACUCAGCAAGGAAGCCGGCAUUCCCUAUUUUGGCUUGCUCACAGCCUCGAACUCCAACAAGAGCAGCUGGUUCUUGUAUCCACGCACGAAGGGACUGGCCCAAGAAGCGGUGGCAAAGUUGGGAUUUAUUCGUACAGGAUUCUUUCAACCCGGUUUGCUUCGUCGGGGGAACCUGGCCCGCACGGUGGAACGAGUGGCGUCGUACGUGUUGCCUUCGGUACGAACAUAGUCUCUCGAGUUUGCACAGUGCAAAUUGCACUCACGAUAGACAAACGAUGUCGCAUACACGAUUCGAGUCUAUCUGUUCAUCUGUGUAGGUGUCUGCGACCGCCGUCGCCAAAGCCAUGCUAGCCAACUACGAGUCCAGUCCUAGUACUGGCUUGACGGUUGUGUCCAUGGCGGACAUAUUGGCAAUCGACAAGGCCGCCAUUAACUAAUUACCAUCAUCAACAACCAACUACCUGACCGUUUAGCAAUAGCAUAAGUGGAAUAUGAGACAGAAUAUAUGUAGUAUUAAUAGUAGCUAUAUAUCUCUAUAUACACA